AUGGUCAAACUGGAUUUCCUGGACUUUGAUCCAGAUCUUCCGCUGGACACUUUUGUGGAGAAUCGGGAUGUUGGUCAAGAGAGUGAGGAAAAUGCGUUUCUUCAAUUUUUGCCUGGUAUGGUGGGCGUGGAUGAGGCUGAUGAGGGACUGGACAGGUACGAUGACAGUUUCCUGAUGCUUGAAGAUGUGUAUUAG